AUGCGCGCUGGCCGUGUCAUGGGCUGCCUCAAUAUUUGUCUCUGGCCCGCCCGAACGACUUCGUCUUCACCGCUUUGGCAUCCUCGUGAGGCCCAGGGCGCUGUUCGUAUCCACGCUAGUUGUGCAUGGCAUGCUGUCACUCGCAAGUCGUCUCCUUCAGCGGCACAGCUCGUGCUGGACGCAGUGCAGCCCUUUACGCCAGGCACGGGCAAUGCUGCAUUUGACCAGCAGAAUAUCGGAUCCCGUUUCCCAUGCCAGUCUCCUGAGGCUGUGCACAUAUGCAUGCGCGGACGAGUAUUAUUAGCCACUGGACCCUGA